UUCCGGCGGGGAGUUGCGGAAGAGCAGUAGUGGCGCAGGCGGGAGAUUCGUACAGAUUUGUUCGUUCACUUUCGCGCCUCAUUCAACGCCUGAGAGACCUCGUACACAGCUCGGGAGCACGUCGAGGUAGACGAGUAUUGAAAACCAAAUAAAAUUCAGGAACAAAAAGGCAAAUGAAUGGGAGUGAACGUCCAGAUGGAUCUGUUAGACUUUCUAACGAAGGAGGAACUCAUUCGCUUCUUUCACUGCAAGAAGACGGAGAUGUCCUGCAUGGAGGAGCCAAACAUAUUCCUGCACCAGCUGAGAGACCAUAAUCUGGUACCAGAGAAGCUGUACAAGACGGUGGUAAAGAUGAGGUGUAAGGAGAAGAGGAAGGACGGUGUUUAUCAGAUCUUGGACUGGCUGGAGAAGGAGAGAAGUGACUCUGUGCACCUCUUCUGGACGUGUGUAUUCAAAGACCACAUCCUGCAGAAGUAUCCAGUCCUCCGCCUGCUCAGGAACAGCCUCAUGGACGGCUCCUUCAGGGUCUAUGAGAAUCUCCCCGACCCAGUGGAUCAGACAGAGAGAGAGAGCGAGCCAAUCCAAAUCGAAGAAACUACAGCGAAGGAGAAGAAGAAAGGAACAAAGAGAAAGAAAAGUGCUGAGGAGACGGAGGAAGACGAGCAACCGGGCCCAUCCUGUCCCUCCACCCCCAAGCAGAAGAAAUCUGCCAAGAAGCUCGUGUUCUCUACUCCAAAGAAAGGAGACAAGGGGGAUAUUUGGACAUAUGCUCUGUUUAAAACUCACCUACCUGUCACAUGUGGAGAUAAAGAAGGGACGCUGUAUCGUGAUAAGUUGACCAAAGGAGGGAAGUGUAUUCUUUCAAAUGGCCGCUGGUUCACCCCUGCUAGCUUUGAGAGUUUUGCAGGAAAGGGCAAAUGGAAGAACUGGAAAGUCUCCAUCCGCUGCCAGAAAACUCCACUGCAGAAACUUAUAAAGGACGGCCAUCUGCACUCACCACUCAAAAAGAGACGCUGUGUUAAGGAGAGUCCGAAAGUGCUGUUUCCUGUCAGUUCCUCUGAAAGCUCCAGCCCCCUUUCAGAGUCCAGUGUAGAAGUGGAGCAUUCAGGUGAAGAUGUUCUGGAUGAGCAAAUUGAAGAGGAAGAGGACGAGAGUGGAGAAGAAGAAGAAGAUGAUGAAGCAGAAGAAGGAGAGAUAGGACCAGUGGAUCCAUCUCUGUUUCAAACUCCUUCUUUACCGGUCAACUGUGGUUCUGUCAGCGGAGUUUUAUAUAAAUGCAGAUUUGCCUCAGGGUCACGCAGUAAAAGCAUCCGCACAGAGGAGCGCUGGUUCACUCCGGAGGAGUUUGUAAAGCAGGAGUUAACUCUGAUAGACGGGCACUGGAAGAAAGAUAUUCAGUGUCAUGGCAAAACAUUAAACUACCUGCUGAAGAAGAAGAUCCUGUCAAUACAUUCCCUGCUGUGUAAAUGCAGUCUAUGCAUUUCAAAGGACCAGGAUCAGCAGCACCAGGAUAACGAUGAUGUGUGCUUCAUCUGUAACACGGAAGGUGACCUGCUGUGCUGUGAUGAAUGUCCAAGAGCUUUCCAUAAUCAUUGCCAUUUACCGGCUGUGGAGGACGAUUCACUGGGAGAAAAGUGGGUGUGCACUUUCUGUGUGUUGAAGACCAACCAAGGAUGGUGGCAGCCCACACAAAUGACCAAAGAAGAAGUUCUGGGCAGUUCCAUUUCUCAGUAUAUUCUGCAUUGCGAGUAUUUGCUGUUGUGCAUGUAUAAAGACGAUAUAGAGCAUGUGUUCACUGGAGACCCCACUGAAACAAUCUCAGGCUACAGCAGAGUGAUUCCUAACCCCAUGUGGCUGGACAGAGUGAAGACAAAGCUGCAGAACAAACAGUAUAAAACACUGGGCCAGUUUGUGUCUGAUGUCAGGCUCAUCUUUCACAACUGCCACAUGUUUAAUAAGGACCCCCACAGGACCACCACUGAGCAGAGCAACGAUGUGUUUGACAAGUUGGGAUCCAGGCUGGAAGAAGUGUUUGAGAAGGAGUUCCAAACCAUCUUUGACAUCCACUAGCAUCUCUCCUCAAUCAGAAACCUUCAUUUGAUUGGACAUGAAGUAUUAAGCACAAAACCCAUACAUGGUUUCUUAGUUGGCUGAUUCAAUGGAGACCAGAGAACAGAGUGUGAUACAGUAAAGAAAAAAGGAAAUUUUACAACAUAAUACUGCCUUACAUACAGAACAGGUUAUAAAAUCAGUAGCAUUUUCAGUUCUGAAUAGAACUACAUGCAACAUUAAAUGAAUGGCACCUUUGCAGUUUCAGUGGCUAUUAAAACUAUAAGCUAAUAUUUUGUUGAUAAACAUCAGUGUAUCUGGUAUGAAAUUACUGUCAUGUUCUGCACGUGGUUUGACAAAAAGCUUUUCAAAAAUAUAUUGGUUAGUUGUGGUAUUAACCAAUUAAGAGUCCUAAUAUUAAAAACACUUUAAUUUGUACAGCCAACUGUAAAGCAGUUUGUUGCUGAAAUAGUUGUUGGUGCCAAGGGAUUAUUUAGGGGGCAGUGCCCCACCAAACAAUCAUCUUGCCCCACCAAAACCACUACAUUUUAAUACAAGCUACAAAAGAAACAGGUGGCAAACACAAUAAAGUGAACCUGAACUUCGUAUAUAAAGCUAUAUCAAUCAACAUAGAUUUUAAUGUAUCACUAUGUAUCGGCUGCAAUUUAAAAACGAACUAUAGACUGAACUAUAAUGGUUUGUCACUUCAACCCAAAAAAAUUACUUCAUGUAGUAACAAGUAAUACAGUAAUUAGUGUUCAUCAAAUGAUUUAUUUAGUUUGAAAAAAACUAGUUAAUUUAAUUGUUACCACAAGAAGUUUCUUUUUAGGUUGAACUCAUAAACACUUUGUACAGUGUAUGUUGUGGGAUGAUAAAUUAGCUGAUUUCCUAAACGGCUCUUCUAUUGAUUCUCUUCUACGGGUGAGGCUGGUUUGGACAGAUAUACUGUACAUUUCUUGCUUUAUGUUUCCAAAGGUUACUUUUGUUUUUUUAUUUUCUUUCUUAUUAUUCAAACUUCCCUUCCGGCCACUCAGUGGUUUUCAGAUGCCUCAUGUCAUUGUAUUUCAGAUGUACGAUUGGUUUAAUCAUGUCUUACAAUAAAAUGUUUAUUUAAAGGA